UGACAGCGAGGUGCUGAAGAUGGCGAAGUGUGGUGCGCUGCCGCAGUUGUUGGAAGCUGACAGACAGAAACAGGAGAGAGAGCGGGAAAGGGCCUGGGAAAACCGGGUCACCAUCACCAAACAGACCAUCGCCUACCUCACGGUUCUCCAUCACUGCUUGGUGUUACUGAGGGAGCUGAUUGAGAGACACCGCCUGGGCUCCCAGCCUGAACUCGAUGCUGAACUCCUGGCCUACCUCAGGCUGAAGACCAAGGCCAUGUUCACUAAGCUAGGACUCAUGAAGCUGGAGCUCAGGCAUCAGCUGUUCAACAAGGAUACCGUGCAGGCUCACACUGCCAUCAGGGCCUUGCUGCAGGAGGAGUUGGAAGUCCAGGAGUCGAGCGCAGAGACCCUUCGCGGGACCCUGGGUCUGUACCAGAUGCUGGGCGAGGACUUUGAGGGACUCGUAGCUGAGUACAGCCACCUGCUGGAGCUGCUGGGAAACAAGCGCUGGGCCCUGCAGGAGUUCACCAAGAGUCAGAAUUAGAGGCUGGGGCUGCAGGGGUGAGACGGGGCUGGGGGCGCUGAGUGGGUCAGAGCUGGUCUCUCUCAGGGGGGUACGGUGGGACGGCAGGCUGUGGGAUAUCAGCCUGGGAUGCUCCACCUCCCUGUCUCCGUUCCCAACACCCCCUACCCACCCCCUCCCAGACCUCCCUGUGGGGGUAGGUAACAGGAGACAGGGGGCAGCGAGCGAGAGGGGAUGAGGUCCAGGAUAAAGGGAGGGUGGGG